AUGUACUCAUACACUUUUGAUGACAUCCUAGAGGAGGCGGGCAAGUUCGGCCGAUCGCAGAAGCGUAUCUUUGCCCUGCUAUGCAUGGUCUCCAUGCCAUGGGCCGGUGUCUACGUAGGCAUUGUGUUCCAAGGGUUCACCCCAGAGCACUGGUGCCGAGACUCAGCGGUGAGUCAGAUCCGGAAGAGUUGUGGCUGGAACCUGAUGGACACUAGAAAGAUCACGGUCCCGGUGGUCAAAAACUCAGGAGUGUUGGUCCACAGCCAGUGUGAGCAGUAUGAACUGGACUGGAACGCUACGGGUCUGACCUGUGACAACCCAGAGUCUGACCUAACUGACGCUCACCGCAGCAAAGCUCCCAUGACCUCCUGCAAGGAAGGAUGGGAGUAUGACUACAAGGGGAGACAGUCCUUUGUGACAGAGUUUGACUUGGUGUGUGCUGAUGCCUGGGUGGUGGACAUGUACCAGGCUACACUCAACGUGGGCUUCUUCAUAGGGAGCAUAGCCAUUGGAUACCUAGCUGACAGAUUUGGCAGAAAGACGAGCUUCUUGGUGUCCAACCUCUUGAAUGGGAUUUUUGGAAUUCUUGUAGCAUGGUCUCCAAAUUGGGUAUCCAUGCUGGUCUUCCGAGCAUUAUAUGGCUUUGGUGUCAAGGGAGGCUGGGUGGCUGGAUAUGUUCUGAUCACUGAGCUGGUAGGAGUAGAGUACAGGAGGACUGUGGGAGUCGUCUACCAGAUGUUCUUCAGUGUUGGAAUUCUCAUCCUGCCCCUCAUCUCCUACUUCAUCACAGACUGGCGCUGGUUGCAGGUGGUCAUCACUGCACCUUACAUCCUCUUCCUGUCCUACUACUGGUUUAUCCCGGAGUCUCCAAGAUGGCUUCUCUCUCAGCACAAUGCAAAGAAAGCUGUGGAGAUCACUGAGGCAAUAGCGAAAGAAAACAAGAAAACCCUCUCCAAGAACAUUGAGACGAUGAGAGACGACAAUGCCGAUACCUCAACCGCCUCGUUCAUGGACCUAAUCAGAACUCCAAAAAUGAGAAAACACACCUUCAUCCUUAGUUUCAACUGGUUCACUAGUGCUGUCGUCUACCAGGGUCUUAUCAUGCGUCUAGGAAUCCUGGGAGGAAAUGUCUACAUUGACUUUCUGAUCUCUGGUCUGGUGGAAUUCCCUGCUGCCUUCCUCAUCCUCUUUACCAUCGAUCGUAUCGGACGGCGUCUUCCCUUUGCCACAGCCAACAUUGUAGCUGGAACAGCCUGCUUCAUUACUGCUAUGAUCCCUGAGAACAUGUUCUGGUUCAAAACAGCGGUGGCCUGCAUAGGCCGGUUGGGCAUCACCAUGGCUUUUGAGAUGGUGGUGUUUGUGAACACUGAAUUGUACCCUACGUUUGUCAGGAACCUGGGUGUGUCUGUGUGCUCCACUCUGUGUGACAUCGGAGGCAUCGUGGCCCCGUUCCUUCUCUACAGACUGGCUGCCAUCUGGCUGGAGCUGCCACUCAUCAUCUUUGGGGCCCUUGCAUUUCUGGCUGGAGCUUUGGUCUUGCUCUUGCCUGAGACCAGAGGUGUGCCACUUCCUGACACCAUCGAUGACAUUGAGUUUCCAGAAAAAUGCAAAGAAAAAGCUCUGAGGAGUAAAGAGCUGAGGAGGAAGGAGAUGAUAAUGCUGUUACCCACCGCCACCGCCGUGAUGACCAACAAAGAACCUGAGACUGUCUGAUUCCUUCCUGGGAACUUCACAUUUUUGUGAUGAAAGUAUGAGAAAGUAGUGAUGAGCAGUAUUUUAUUAUUUUAUGUUAAAAUGACCUGUUUGUUUCAUUUGUUGUCUCUAAUACGAAAUAAUGAUUGUAUGUGUUGGCGAAAUAUUGUAACUUAUUUAGAUUUCUUUCACCUUUACCAUGUUUCCUGGUUUUACUUAUCCGUUAGUUACAGUAUGAUUUUCCUCUCAGAUCAUGCGCUUUGUGCCAUGUUUUUUUAUUUUUAUCAUGUGUUUAAAGUAAUUUACAGAUUUUUUGUUGUUGUCGUUUUUGCCCAAGCUUUUUUAUAAAUGUUGGUAAUGUUGUCGUCAUAUACAGUGCAUUCAGAAAGUAUUCAGACCCCUUCCCUUUUUCCACAUUUUGUUACAUUAUAGCCUUAUUCUAAAAUGGAUUAAAUACACAUGUUUUCUUAACAAUCUACACACAAUUAUUUUAUUACCUUAUUUUCAUAAGUAUUCAGACCCUUUGCUAUGAGACUCGAAAGGUGCUUCCUGCUUCCAUUGAUCAUCCUUGAGAUGAUUCUACAACUUGAUUGGAGUCCACCUGUCGUAAAUUCAAUUGAUUGGACAUUAUUUGGAAAGGCACACACCCGUCUAUAUAAGGUCCCACAGUUGAAAAUGCGUGUCAGAGCAAAAUCCAAGC